ACAAAAUGUGAGAAUUUUGUCACAUUAUAAAUAUAAUCGAAGUCGCGCGAGCUGUAUUCAUUUAGCACCAAACCUCGUGUUGCAUCAGAUCAAGAUGCUUAAGUCAGCAAUCCUAAUUAUUUUGGCAGUAGUUAGCAUAAACUGCAUUCCAAUUGAAGUAUCAACUGGCAAAUCCGUACUCGAUCGACCCUCUCCUAUAAAUCCGGAGGUUGUCAGUGAUCCCAAACCAAAAGAAACCUCGGAAAGUCCUCUAGGGUGGCCGAGAUCAACAAUACUUCAUGGAGAGAGUAACGUAGCACAAACACCUACCACGGGUACAAAACUCAUUAGUGAAUUAGGUCAAUCCAAACCAAUCACUUCACCAGAACCGAAGGCCAAACGCCAAACAGAUCAAUUGAGUACUGCAUUCGUGAAACCAGCAUUGAAACGAGACCAACAAACUACUUCAACAACAAACAGUCCUAAACGUCUAAGUACAACUACGACCGAGCCGGUUUCUCUCAAGACACCGAUUGUUCACGCGUCUGGAUCGAAGAGCAAGCGAAGCGCUGACGAUACAACCCAAACAACUUCAACCACUCAACAAGCCAGCACGCGAGCACCAAUCAUUAGCAGUAGCAAUGAUGACAAUGAUAACAGUGGCCCACACUUCAUACGACCAGUACCAGUGGAACAGAUUCUGAAAAAUAUUCACGAGGGUGCUCGAACCCACCCACCGUCUCCAACUGUUUUGCAUCACGACGAAAACAAAACUGAAGCGACAACCGUAACGGGCGAGACUACGGAAAACAAUAACCAUCACAACAUAUAUCACAAAGCGUCAACCAAAAAGCAGGAAUCUGCAGAAGAUGAGAAGGAGGACGAGAACGACGACUCAUCGGAGGAAAAGAAAAUUCAUUGAAGAAAGAAUUGCUAUUCAGAUGUACCUAAGAAAUGAAAAGUAUAUAUUAUAGUGAUCUAUUGUGAUACAGAA